GGGGAUAUUGGGAAAUAUUUACAAAAUGUUUACAAUAAUUAUUAAACGAUAAUGUGAAUGAAGGGACUGGUUUAGACUUGUUUUGGUGAGAAAUCUAAUUAAUCUUUGUUUCUAUCAAUUUUACUUCAGUAUCUGCACAAAACAAGAACUACACAAUUCUUUUAAUUUCACUUUUUAUGUCCUGUAUCAGAUCUGAAGCAAAUUAAAACAUCUCUAUUGAGUGGAAACCUGGCAUAGCACAUUUUGUGCAUAUGCGUUCCUGAAGUCUGGGCUCUGUAGUCAAUAUUAGUAUUAAUUAGAUAUAUUGACAGUAUAGAUAUUUUCUAGAUUACCUGACACUGACAGAUGAAUCCUAGUAUUUAAGUUCAUUGUUGCUGACAUUGUUAGUGAAGGAGUGAAAAUGAAACACGGCUUGCUCUUUUCUCCCUAUAACCAAUUCCCUGGUGAUGCUUGCUCUAUAUUGUACUGUAAAGCAUGAGCUGGUGACAGUCACAGCACAUUCAUCACCACUUGGCACCAUCCGUCUUUGAUUGUGUCCUCCUGCUUCUGCUGCUCCACCCCCUACAGCUCUUUUUUCUUUUUUUUUACUCACACAGCAAAUUUAGGCUGGAGGUAGCAAAAGAUGAGAGAGGUUGGGAAAAAGGACUUUACGGUAUCAGAACAAACCACAGAUGUGCUCAGCAUAUGUCUUUGACAGAGUGUGAAUUGGAUUACCGCCUGAAAAAUGCUGUUAAUUCCGCUGGAAGCUGGCCUCCUUCGCUUCAUAUCAGAGCGAUGGCACCGACUGAUUGAUUAUCUGUAAGGUGUGCAAUGGAAAUGAUGUUCAGUAUUCUACAGCAGACACAAUGAUGGUGCAGUGCAGGAUACACUCAGGGUACACUGUUGUUAUUUGGCCUAUGAUUCUCCAGCCAGGGCCAGCACAUUCUCUUCCUUAUCACAUGGGUAUAAUAUAAUCCUGUGUCACGGCACUGGAAUUUGGAAUAUCUUUUGAAGCUUUGUGCAGAAAAGUGAAUGAUGCAGGAAUCAGAACUGUCAGCACUCUCAAUUAUUCAGGCAAAUGCCUUAUUUCUUGUCACUGCCCACCACUAUUCAUCUUGCACCUGUGGCAUGAAUAUUGCAUCAGAACUCAUAUUCUCUGUUCUGUUAGGAAUUGUGUCACAUUUGACAGGCGUCCUUUUUAGCAGUCAGGACAGCUCAACUAACCAGCUGGCAGGAAAUCAACACUCCAACCAAAGGAAAGUGUUGCAUUACACGCUAAUACUGGCGUCUUUCAUUUUACACCAUGUGCAAUGUGGAUUUGCUGAGUUGAGCAGAAAACUGAGCAUUGGAAUAUCGUUUCGUUGCUCAAAGGUAACCGAUAAGAUGGCGGCCGGGGAAGCGACUGGGCACAGCUACCUGGUGGCUUGCUGGCAGCCCAUCCUGAUCUUGAUGCUGGGAACCGUGCUGUCCGGCUCCACCACAGGCUGCCCGUCCCGCUGCGAGUGCAAUGUUCAGGAGCGCUCUGUGAUGUGUCACCGCAAGAAGCUCAUGACAGUCCCUGAGGGCAUUCCUCAGGAGACAAAACUGCUGGACCUCAGCAAGAACCGUAUCAGAACCAUCAACCCCGAUGAGUUCGCCAACUUCCCUAACCUCGAGCACCUGGAGCUCAGUGAAAACACGAUCUCUACCAUUGAACCUGGGGCGUUUAACAACCUUUAUGGCUUGCGGACACUGGGGCUACGUAGCAACAAGCUUAAGCUGAUCCAGCUUGGUGUCUUCACAGGCCUGAGUAAUCUCACGCAGCUGGACAUAAGUGAGAACAAGAUUGUCAUCCUGUUAGACUACAUGUUCCAGGAUUUGUACAAUCUCCGGUCUUUAGAAGUGGGCGACAAUGACCUGGUUUUCAUCUCCCACCGAGCUUUUCAUGGCCUGAGUAGUCUUGAACACCUAAGUCUUGAGAAGUGCAACCUGUCCUCUGUGCCAACAGAGGCUUUUACCCACCUCCACAGUUUGGUCACUCUUAGGCUGCGCCUCCUUAACAUCAAUGUCAUACGGGAUUACUCCUUCAAACGGCUUUAUCGUCUGAAAGUGUUGGAAAUAGCCAAUUGGCCAUUUUUGGAUACCAUGACCCCAAAUUGCUUGUAUGGAUUAAACCUCACAUCCCUGACCAUUGCAAAUGCCAAUCUGACCACAAUCCCUUAUGUAGCCUUGCGGCACUUGGUUUACCUGCGCUUUCUUAAUCUUUCCUAUAAUCCUAUCCACACCAUUGAAGGAAAUAAGCUGCAUGAUCUCCUGCGUCUGCAGGAGUUUCACCUGGUUGGAGGCAGACUGGCAAUGAUAGAGCCCUACUCCUUCCGUGGUCUAAACUAUCUGAAGAUUCUAAAUGUGUCUGGGAACUCUCUUAGCACUUUAGAGGAGUCCGCCUUCCAUUCGGUUGGGAACCUGGAAACCCUUGCCUUGUAUGAUAAUCCCCUGGCCUGCGACUGCCGACUGUUAUGGGUUUUCCGACGCCGCUGGAGACUGAACUUCAACAGGCAGCAGCCGACCUGCGCCUCCCCAGAGUAUGUCCAAGGCAAAGAAUUCAAAGACUUCCCGGAUGUUCUGCAGCCAAACUACUUCACCUGUCGCAAAUCUAGGAUCAGAGAUCGCAAAGCCCAGCAGAAGUUUGUCGAUGAGGGAGCCAUCGUUCAUUUCGCUUGCCAGGCAGAUGGAGAUCCUGCACCAGUGAUAAUGUGGCUAUCCCCACAGAAAAAGUUUGUCACCACCAAGACGAUUGGAAGGCUCUCCGUGUUGCCAGAUGGUACCCUCGAGGUGCGCUAUGCUCAGAUUCAAGACAAUGGUACUUAUGUGUGCAUAGCCAGCAAUGCCGGUGGAAAUGACACUUCUCUUGCUCACCUGCACAUUCAUAGCUACUCGCCUGAUUGGCCGCACCAGCCCAACAAGACUUUUGCCUUCAUCUCCAACCAGCCCCAAGAAACUGGUGCUAAUGGUACGAGAGCCAAUGUCCCUUUCCCCUUUGAUAUAAAGACACUGAUCAUUGCCACUACAAUGGGCUUCAUUUCAUUUCUCGGUGUUGUCUUGUUUUGCCUGGUACUGCUAUUCCUGUGGAGCAGAGGGAAAGGCAACACGAAGCACAACAUCGAGAUCGAGUAUGUGCCACGGAAAUCAGACGCUGGCAUGAGCAGCAGCACAGUGGAUGCUCCCCGCAAGUUCAACAUGAAAAUGAUUUAAUGGAUUUUACUACUUUUGAACUCAAAUAUAAGACACAUGGAAAUGAAGACAUUUUCUUUCCUCUCUUACAAACCUGUGGAUCCUGGUCUGUUAACAUAGAGUAAUAUGUUUUUUUUUUCCUGCCUGAAGGACUAGAAAGAAGAGCCAUUCCUGACUUUCACAAGUGAGAGGGAAUAAAAGCAUGCCCAGUGCUACAAAGCAUCUGUGGUUUGUAAAAGGCCUUUGGGGGCAUUAAAUGAAAGUCAUACUUGUGAAAAGCGUUCAUAUUCCUGUGGAUUUAUACUGGAAAAAUAUAUCAGAAAAGAAAAACACUUCAAGCAGCCAGAAUCAUAUUUUGGCCAUUGCUGGUUUUUGUCUGUAUUGUUUAAUUUAGCGUUUGUCUUUUUUUUUCCCAAAGGUUAAAUGUUGAGUUACGAAUGUGUUUUAUAUGGGUUGAUGAGCACAUUUAUACAGGAGCUGAUGCAUUUCAAGUAUAUCAUAAUUACAAUAUGUCAGUGUUAAAGUUGUGAAUAUUAUGUGCUACAUAUGGUCCUAUUUUUCUUUCCUACACUGAUAAUUGUUCUGUGAUCCGUCAAAUGUAUAUCUGUUUCACAAACGUACAAACAGUUUGCCCCCAAAAUACACAACAGUUAAAAACCAUCAGCUACGAUUAAAGCUAAUCUGAACGUCACAGCAGGCAACAGCCACUUCCUCGAAAUGAUGUUGCAUCGAUAUCACUUGUAGAGUUCAUAUUAAAAAAUCAACAAGCUUUGAAUGAAUCAUUGUUGAAAACAUAAUUAUGACAAUAUUUAGUUUUGUAGCAGAAAAUCCAGCUGUUAAAUGUCUGAACGUUGGAUUUUAGAAUUGUCGAUAUCAGCUUCAUUCAUCCCUGGUUUUCAAAUGUAGCCCAACAGUAACCACACAAAUGGAUCUAGGCAAUGAAACAUGGAGAAAUGUGAGAUUUUGUUGACAUGAUGCUCUGGACUAACAAUAGAUGCAGCGUCCAUCAAAAUGAAUAGCUGGCACUGGUAACCUGACACCGUAGGCGCUUAUCGCCGCCCUCUUAAAAUGCAUUUCAGAAACAUGUAUGUAAUAGUAAUUUGCUGAGUUUUGAAGAAUAAAACUUGUGGUGCUCACCUUUUUUUGAUACAAUGUGCUCGUCAAGCUGUAGAAUAUUUCUUUCACUGUUGGCUGUUUUUCUUGAUUGGUUUCUGGAAUCAGUGGUUUACUCAUGCUGAUGCCCACCUUCCCCAACUGAGACACACGACCUUCCCGGAUCCGUUUUUACAGUAAGUUCGCUUUGCCCCAGAAAUGUGCAUUGUUUGUUGGUGGGGGAAAAACUGUGGCAUAUAAUGCUCCCAGCUGGUUCUGCAUAUAAAAUCUGAGGGUGCAGCCUUACUUUUUCAAGAACACACUGUGGACAGGUGGGCUUUGCAGAAGUUAUUUAUGAUGGAUGACAUUACAGACAAUGACACAGUAAUGGCCUGGAAGUAUGGACGGAAUAUGCAGAUGGCUGGAGUGACACAGAUGGUUUCACCCAUGGAGCAGUCUGAAGCAGCUUUGGUGUAAUCCGUUUUGCAUAAAGGAAAAAAAACUGGAUAUGGCUCAUGGUUCUCCCUCUUGCUGAUGAAUGCUCUCUUUGUUCAAAGUGUGGCUACUGUACCUGGCCUUUGUUUGGUCCCAAGUGAUCUUGGGAAUCUGUUUUUUUGUUUCUGUUGUUCCUUUUUUUAUUUUGACCCUGGGCUAUAUUGACCAUCUAGUCCAAGCCAACUUUUUACAAAAUGAUUAAAAAAGAAAUCUAUACAUUGAAUACAUUGAAACUGUUCUGUGCAAUAAAGGUAAUAUGCAGAUUUUUUUUUUUAAUUAAAAAAUUUGUUGAUGUUGAAUUGUUGAGAAUAUGGUAUGUUGUAUUAAACAAUCUAUGGACUUUUCUAAAGAAA